AUGGACAAACAAUCGAAGAAGCAACGCAAAGCUGGACGAGUGAACAUGAGCAAGCACUUCAUUAACCCAAAGCAAGUGUUUAAACCCGAAAGAGGAGCACCGAUGGAAGAGGACUCUGACGAUGAUGUAUUUGAUGAAGACGAGUUGAACCAAGAGGAGGGAGACUUACAAGAAGAAGAGGAAAUUGUAGAAGAGAAUAAAGAUAUGGAAGAAGACGACGGGGAAACAGGACGGGUUACUGGAACUAAAGACGUGAUUGAAGACCCCGAAGAAAAGGUCAAAGUAGUCACAGAAGCGUUCAUCCCAGGACAAAGUAUGGCAGAACCUAAUGAAGAACUUGAAGUGUCUGGUGGGGCUUAUAAAAUGCUUCACACGCUGUCAUUGGAAUGGUCGUGCAUGUCAUUUGAUUUUGUACCGGACACCCUCGGAGCAUUGAGAGAACAACCGCCACACACUUUAUAUUUCAUCACUGGGUCUCAAGUGGAAACUGGGAUAUCGAAUAAAGUGUCUUUAGUCAAAGUUUCAUCGAUGUGUUACACUAACGAAGACGAAGAGUCGGAGGACGAGGACUCUGAAAACAAUGAACUGAAACCAAAAAUAGAACAAAGCUGUCCGUAUAGUGACCCCGUUUUGGUCUCUUCUGAAGCCAAAUUUCCAGCUAAUGUGAAUAGAGUCCGUACAUUAAAACAAAAGCCCGGGUAUGCUGCGUUAUGGGGAGAUAAUGGGAACAUCUAUGUCUAUGAUAUGACUGCCCAUUUUGAAGGAGUAGAAGGGGGCAUUUCGGUGAAAGGGAAAGAGGUGAAGUCGGUGUUACACCAACAAUGCGAAGGGUUUGCGUUAGACUGGUCUUCUGUAGUAGAAGGUCGUUUGAUCAGUGGAUGUCUGAAUGGACGACUUUCAUUAUGGGAAUAUGAUGGGAGUGAAUGGAGAGGGUCACCAGAAUCGUAUUUAGGGCAUAAAAAGUCGGUUGAAGACUUACAGUGGUCACCGAAUGAAGCGGACGUGUUCUUAAGUUGUUCAUGUGAUCAAACGAUACGGUUGUGGGAUGCUCGUAGUAAAGAAAGAUGUGUUAAAAGUAUUAAAGCGCAUGGGAGUGAUGUGAAUGUGAUCAAUUGGAAUAAGUUGAAUACAUUCCAAGUAGUCUCAGGAGCAGACAAUGGUGAGUUGAAAGUGUGGGAUUUCCGUACAUUUGAUUUCCCUAUUGCGACCUUUGAUUGGCAUAAAAAAGCUAUCACGUCAGUCGAGUGGUGUCCUCACGACGAAACUUCGUUCAUGGCUAGUAGCGAAGAUGACACCGUCUCUUUUUGGGAUAUCUCUAUGGAAGCAGAUAAAGAGGCGGCAGAGAAGUAUCACGUCCAAGAAGAAAAGAUCCCCGCUCAAUUGAUGUUCUUACACCAAGGACAGAAAAAUAUUAAAGAAGCACAUUGGCACCAACAAAUAAAAGGUGUUGUCGCAACUACAGCCUGGGACGGAAUGAAUGUUUUCCAGCCUUGCAAUUUCUGA